AUAUGGAGAUUACGUGAAGUUAUUUCUUCAUUUGAAAGAAAGUUCCGUUAACGAACAUACACCAUGGAAUUUAGUGAUGUGUGGAAAAUUGGGUGAUAUCGAUCAGACACAUUAUUCAUCAAGUUAUUCGCUUGUUUUUGAAUUCCAUUCUGAUUGGAGGCAAGGAAAUAACACCGGUUUUCGCGGAACUUAUCGAUUUCUUAGCCAAAAAAUGUUUGAAACUCAAGGAAAUUUAAAACCAGGAACUCUUUGUGAUUAUCAGUUCUUCAGUGGCAGUACUAAUCAUUCGAGGGGGAAGUUUUACUCCCCUCAAUAUCCCAGUACCUAUCCGAAAGACAUUAAGUGCACUUAUCGCUUCAUGGCCAGAUAUAACGAACGGGUUAAAGUGAUGUUUGAACACAUCCGAUUGCAAAGAGGUGAUUUGAGGUGA